AUGGCUGCCAAGAAUAAGGAUGCGCAGAUACUGAAGAAGGUCUUCACCAAUUGGUUCAACGACCGCCUCAGAGGGAAUCUCAAGGUCGCCAAGCAUUCAGUGAAUGACUUACAGCACGACCUGACGGACGGGCUGUUGCUCAUUUUGCUCCUGGAGAACUUAGCAAAGCCUCGCAAAGUGGGCAAGUACAAUAAGAAACCGGUUUCAAAGAUACAGUGUAUGGAGAAUCUGUCUCUUGUAUUUAAGUUUAUCAAAGCUGAAAACAUCAAACUUGUAAAUAUAGGUCCUGAGGAUAUCUACGGCUGCAAUUUGAAGCUCAUUCUUGGCCUGAUAUGGACUCUUAUUGGUCACUUCCAGAUACGCUCCAGUGGGCGUGGUCUCUCUACCAAGCAAGCCAUGAAGGAGUGGCUCCACACUCAGAUCCCUGACUACAAUAUUCAGAACUUCACUACCGAUUGGAACGAUGGACGAGCAGUUUGUGGGCUAGUCGAUCGCUUGAAGCCCGGCCUCUGUCCGAACCACGCCUCCCUGAGUCCUAAAAAUGGUCUGGAAAACUGUCAACUUGGUAUGACGCUUGCUGAGGAUAAUUUUGAAAUACCAAAGAUCCUAGACCCAGAAGAUCUCAAUAAUCCUGACGUUGAUGAUUUAAGCGUCAUGACUUACGUCUCUUAUUUUUUUGUUCCCGCCAGCGAGAUACUCCUCUCCUGGAUACAAGCAAUAAUACCUCAACAAGGUAUAACAAACCUCUCCACUGACUGGAACAACGGUAUUAAUCUAGCAGCGCUAAUGGAGGCUUGUCACCCCGGCCUUAUUCCAUCAUGGAAGGACCUCGACCCACACAAGGCUAAAGAUAAUCUUGAUACCUGCAUUAAGCUUGCCAGGAGUCGACUAGACAUAGUCUGUCCUGUUGGUCCAGAUGAACUCUCCGAUCCUAAGGUGGACGAGAUUAUUGUUGCUACUUAUUUGAGUCGUUUUAAGUACUCCAAGUUGCAGACUGCAGCCGAUGAGCUCACAAUGGGUGAGCCUGAUUUUACUGAGACUGGAGUUGGGGUUCUUAAGGAGCAGAUUGAGAUACCAAUUGAUCUCGGGGCUAGUCCUGAACUGGUCAUUGGACAGUUGGCUUUGAAGGCAGCAGGUCCCACAGCUGAGGCUGUUGUUACUCUUGAAGGAACACACAAAGCUAAGGCAAAGUUCAUUCCCCUUGAAGCAGGUCCCUACACUGUCUCCUGUCACCUCAACGAUGAAGAAAUAAACAAGAGUCCAUUGCAAGUUAUUGUCAUUGAUCCAUCAGAAUGGACAAUGACUGAAGACCCUCCUCAAUACCUCCAUGUUAACAAACCACAUGAGAUUGUGGUGAAGGGUAGAGCUUAUGGAAGCUCUCCUUUUAUUGAUGUUGAUGUCACUAAUCCUGAUGGCUUCCCUUCUGCCUCUGUAACAGACUCCAUACUAAUAGAAGACCCAGACACUGCAGCCAUUACUCUGCUACCAACAGCUACUGGUAGAACUGAUGUGAGCAUAACUGUAGCUGGUAAGGAUAUAAAGAAAACACCAUUCACCGUCUUUGUCUGUGAUCCUGAUAAAUGCAAAGUGUCUGGGAUUGAUGGGGUUGUGCUGACUGGAAAACCAGUCUCUUUCAGUGUUUAUGCAAGUGAUGUGAAGCCAGAGGCAAGAGUAACUCUACCUAAUGGAGAUACUAAAAUACUGGAAGAAGGAAAGAGAAAAGGAGAUGACGUAGGCGAGGAAGGCAAAGGGGGUGAAGAGGAAGAGAAAGGAGAAGGAGAAAGAAAAGGGUACAAAAGUGAAAGAGAGGGAGAUCAUGCUGAAGAGGAAGGAGAAGAAGAUGGCAUAGGUUAUACUAAUGUUGAUGAUGCUGAAGAUGAAGAUAGCAGCAGCAGAACUGGAGAAGAAAGAAAUGAAGGAGAUGAAGGGAUAGAUGGAGAAGAAGGGAUAGAUGACGAAAGGAAAGAAAUGAAAGAUUUGGGAAAUGGUAGUGACCGUAGUGAUGAUGAAAGAGCUGAUAUUGAAGAGAUAAUAAUUGAGGAUGGAGAAGGUUUAGAGUCAGAUGUUGGAGCUAAAAAGAGAAUGAAAAAAAAGGAGAGGCCAUUUCAAGGAAACAGAGGGAAGAAUAAAGAAAAGAAAAAAGGAGAGAAAAGAGCCAAGAAAUUUGACAACAAAUACAGAGUGACCUUUGUACCUACUGACUCAGGUGAGCAUGCACUAGAGGUGUUAAUGGGAGGUGCCCCAGUCCCUGGUAAUCCCUUUACAGUACCUGUACUGGAUACUGCAGAGUGGAAAGUUAUUACUGAUGUGCCAAAGCAUCUUCAAUUGGGAAAGAAGUUAGAUAUAGAGCUGAAAGGUCCCAGUAUUGGUAAUCCUGAAGUUGAGUUUAGUAUCAGCAAUGCAUUGGGUGAUGAUGAUGAUGAUGAUGAUGUUAUUGCUGCUAAAACUGUCAAACAAAACAAAGCAGGGGCUUACACACUAACUGUGACUCCGUUAAAAUUGGGACAGGUCAAAGGUCAAAUCAACGUAGCAGAGAGGGAGGUAUCAGCCUUUGACUUGGUGAUAGUUGAUCCCACUAAAGUCACAAUGGUUGAUUGGGAUGAUUCAGAGUCUUUUGUUAACGAGCCUAUUACCUUUACUCUUAAUGCAACUGGAGCAGGGGAUGAAAAACCUCUCGUUACAGCUAAAGGUCCGAUACUAGAGUACUCACCAGAAGCAAGAGACAACAGGGACGGUACUUACACCUUCAGCUUCACACCAACAGAACCUGGUCCUAUCGAAGUAGUCACCACUCUAGCUGGUUUUAUCACCCCAGGGAGUCCUUUUCAUAAACCAAUAGCUACAAUAGCAGAUCCUAAUCUCUGCUCAGCCAAAGGUCCAGGGCUGGAGAAAGCAAUGACUGGUAGACCAGCUAGAUUUGGUAUCAUCACACCAGAGACUGGCCUCCUAGCUAAGCGCUCUGACUCACUGACUGUUGAUAUUGUCAGUGCCGAUAAGACACUGAGGGUUGAGUCCAAAAUUGAGGAUUUGAAUAACAAGACUUAUGGCGUUACCUAUACUGUUCCUGUUGAGGGGGAGUACCUCAUUACUGUCAAGUUUUAUGGUAAACCAAUCCCAGGCUGUGACUUCAAAGUCACAGCCUUCCCUGCUCCUGACGCAUCCAAAUGCCGUGUUUAUGGACCAGCCAUGCAUCCAAAUGCACUCCAUUUCCGUGGACGACCUCUUGAACUCUUUGUUGAUACGAAGAACGCUGGAUAUGGGGAGCUCCAGGCAGUUGUUCAAGGACCAAAGAAAACAAGCCCAAAGAUCUUUAUAGCUGAUGACAAUGAUGGUAUCUACUCCUUAAAGAUAGAAACUAAACUCUCUGGCUGGCACAGGAUCAAUAUCUGGUGGGGGCAGGUCCACAUUCCACUCUCUCCCAUUGACAUUAAGGUCCGGACUGAACCGGAUUAUACUAAAGUGAGAGCUUAUGGUCCUGGACUCUCGCCUCAGAUUGAAGCAAGGAAAGAGGCUGAGUUCUUCAUUGAGACUGAUGAUGCAGGUAUUGGUACGCUCACAGUUGUAUUGCAUGGAGUCAAAGAUGCUUUUAAAGUUGAUGUGGCACCUAUUGACCCUGAUGCUCCUCGUCGAUUGAAAGGAACAUAUUUCCCAAGAGAAGGCGGUGACUAUGAGGUCACAAUUAAAUGGGAUGACUUUGACGUCCCCGGCAGUCCAUUUAAAGUCCAUGUGAUUGAUCAUGAAGAGGAGAGACGUAGGGAAAUGGAGGAGAGAGAGCUGAAGAAAGAGCUGGAGAGAGAGAAAAAGGAAAAGGAGAGAAAGAAGAAACUAAUGAAGAGAAGUAGUUCCCAGCAGUUGAUGAUAAUGGCUGGUAUGGGGGCACCCCCAGUUUCUCAACAAGGGUUACCUGGUGCAGGACCAACCCAGGUCAUUAGUCCUACCUAUAUGACUGGCAGUGGUGGGCCUAAAGCUUUGAAGAGAAGUAGCAGCAAUCCAACACUGCUAGGAAUGAUGGGAGAAGAGGCUGGAGCCACUACUAAAAGAACUGUUCAACACAUCCAUCAACGUAGACAGCUCGUAAAGAGAGACUCUUCUUUCAUUUUAGAUGAUGAGGCCUCACAGAAGGCAGCAGGUAGGAGAGUUGGGCCUGGGGGGAGAAUGCUAAAGAAAGGAGAAACUUUAGCAGUAAUGAGUGCUGCUGAGUUCAGCAAGAAGGAUGAGACAAAGAAGAAAGGAAUGUUACAAAGAGCAAGGACAGCUCUGUCUUUUAAAGACACUUCCAAUGACUCAUUUCUAGAUAAAGAUUUCAGGAAAGAGGAGCCAAAGAAGAAAGGGGGAUUACUAAAAAGAGCUACAGACAUGUCUUUAAAAGAUGUACCUGAUGCUCGAACUCUAGACACUGAUUUCAGCAGAGAAGUGACAAAGAAAAAGAGAGGGAAACUGCUAAGAGCAAGGACGGACAUGUCUGUGAAAGACAUACCUGACAUACCUGAACUAGAUAAAUCUUCUUCGUCUACGCCUUCUUCUAUGCGGUCAUUUGCAAAACCAGGAUUCCUUUCGCAACCUCCGAAAUUUGAUGACAAACAGAAACCAAAGAAAAAACUACAAAAGUCGAUGACUUCAACAAGUAUUGAAGCUGCUAUGGCAAGGAAUGCUGGCAUGCUUGGAGAUGAGACGCCCAUUGGAAAGAAAAUGGCAGCAGAUUGGUCUAAACUUUAUAAAAUUUCAGAAGAUGAUGGUCCUGCAGCUACUGCUGCCACACCUCCAAGACAAAAAGAGAAGAAAGUUGUAUUUACUGGCGAUGAGGGCCAGGGUGGUACUAAGAAAGCUGGAGCUAAGGCUGGAGGUUUUUAUAGUUUCGAAGGUGAGGAUGGCAUCCCUACAGAACUACCUGUUAAGUAUAGCCCAGUGUAUGUUGCUACUGGUGAGAUGCCUUUGCUGGAGGAGGAUGAGGGAAAGAAGAAGAGGAAAAAGAAGUCAAAAAGGAUUUGAAACAGUGGAAGCACACCAAAAACAAGAUAUAAAAUUAAUGCAUAGUUUUAUAUUAAUUAUCAAUAAUUGUUGUACUGUUAUGUUGUACCAUUACUAAUAAUUGUGUUGUAUUAUUAUUAUUACAGUAAUUGUGUUGCAUUGUUAUUAAGAAACCUCACUUUAAUUGUAAAAA